AGUGCGUGACGCUCGCUUUAGGCCUCAGUUCACACGUGGCGCUGGCGGAGGUUCGUUGUACGGUCUGUCUCUGCUGCUGGUGCCCUCGCGGCGGCCCCGGCGGCCAGUAUGAAGCGUCCGAAGUUAAAGAAAGCAAGUAAACGCAUGACCUGCCAUAAGCGGUAUAAAAUCCAAAAAAAGGUUCGAGAGCACCACAGGAAAUUGAGAAAGGAGGCUAAAAAACGGGGUCAUAAGAAAUCUAGGAAAGAUCCAGGAGUCCCAAACAGUGCUCCAUUUAAGGAGGCUCUCCUUCGGGAAGCAGAACUAAGGAAACAGAGGAUUGAAGAAUUAAAGCAGCAGCAGAAACUUGAUAGACAGAAGGAACAGGAAAAGAGAAGAAAACUUGAAACUGACUCUGGUGUUAAGCCAUGUGAUGAUGAACCUGUGAGGGAGGAUUUUGGGCAAUGUGAAAAUAAGAACAAAGCCAAAUCCAGCAAACAGAAUCCAAAGAGAUUGUACUGUCAGGAACUUAAAAAGGUGAUUGAAGCCUCAGAUAUUGUGCUAGAGGUAUUGGAUGCCAGAGAUCCUCUUGGUUGUAGGUGUCCCCAGAUAGAAGAGGCCAUUGUUCGAGGUGGACAGAAAAAGCUGGUACUUGUACUAAAUAAAUCAGAUUUGGUACCAAAGGAGAAUUUGGAAAACUGGCUCGGUUAUUUAAAGAAAGAAUUGCCUACAGUGGUGUUCAGAGCCUCAACAAAUAUGAAAGACAAAAGGAAGACAAUUAAGGUAAAGAAGAAAGUGCGUUCAUUCAAGAGUGAAGUCUGCAUUGGGAAAGAAUCUCUUUGGCAGCUUCUUGGAAGUUUUCAGGAAUCUUAUGGCAAAGCCAUUCAGGUUGGAGUAAUUGGUUUCCCAAAUGUGGGGAAAAGCAGCAUCAUCAAUAGCUUAAAACAAGAACGGAUAUGUAAUGUUGGUGUAUCCAUGGGGCUUACAAGGAGCAUGCAGGCUGUCCCUUUGAGCAAGCACAUCACAAUCAUAGACAGCCCAAGCUUCAUUGUGUCUCCAGUGAACUCUGCUGCUGCACUAGCUCUGAGAAGUCCAGCAAGUAUUGAAGUGCUAAAGCCAGUGGAGGCUGCCAGUGCCAUCCUCUCCCAAGCUGAUGCUCGACAAAUAGUACUGAAAUUUACUGUCCCGGACUUUAAGAACUCUCUGGAAUUUUUCACUUUGCUUGCUCAGAGAAGAGGAAUGCACCAGAAAGGUGGAAGCCCACAUGUAGAAGGUGCUGCUAAACUGCUGUGGUCAGAGUGGACAGGUGCCUCCUUAGGUUACCAUUGCCAUCCCCCUAUAUCCUGGAGUCUCUCUCCACAUUUAAAUGAGAAUAUUGUGACAUACAUGAAACAUGGCUUUAAUCUGGAACAACUGGAAAAGAACAAUGCACACAGCAUUCAAGGUAAUAAAGCAAGGCUUGUGUAUGGCUGCCAUCUUCAUUGGUUGACAGGUCGAAAGAAGUCUUAUUUGUUUAUGGUUCCUUUCUUAGCUAUUAGAGGCCCUCGUUUAGCCAACAGCAUCCUUUUCCAGUCUUCGGGUCUGACACACGGUAUAAUAGAUGAACAGGAUGUAACUGAAGAGUUGCCAAAACAGAUAGAGAAAAAGGAGUGGGAGAACUCCAAAGAUAUUGAUGACGACCUUGAAAGUAUUGAGGCUGAUGCAAAGAGCUCAGACAUUCCCCCUGCAGAAAAUGCCUGGGAGGUAUUGCCCAAGGAGUCUAAAGCAGAUGAGCAGCAGUCCAUUCAAUCUUUUGUCUUGGAUAAAAUGACUGAAGACAGUGAUGACGCUUAUGACUUCAGUACAGACUAUGUAUAAAAAGAAACUGGUUUUUCCAUAAGGACUUAUUUUGAGCAGACUACUAAGCUGUUGUGUGAGUGAGAGAGCGCACACAAGUGCUGUGUGCCACUCUGGAAUGAUAAGACACUGUAAAUUAUGUGAAUAUGUAUCAUGUU